UUCCAAAUCGGAUUCACAUAAAGGGGGUAUAGUAUAACUUCUCCUCUUCCCAAAACUAAUCGUGAUUCGUAACUCGCCGUCGAGAGGAAGGCCGGAUUUGCCUAACGUCACUUGCCUGCAUUCGCCUCCCCGGUGACUGGCCUCUACAAUGGCCAUACUAACGGCCUCCAGAUCCCCCUGCUCACUCUCACCCUCACCGCGGUCGCAGGACCCCUUCUGGGUGAAGAAGAGAUAUUCCGUUACACAGCUGUCUCCUAUUACAGUCACAUCACACCUUUCUACCGUGCACGAAGCGGAGGUGCAUUCCCGCAGUCGAACCAUUACACGGACCCCUACCCCCGUUCAUUCUGUAACCCCGUCUAAAACCUCGGGGGACAGUGUCCUCGACGAAUCAGAUGAUCACAACCUUCACGCAGCGCUCACUUCAGAGAAAACUUCCAACACGGUUCAGAGUGAAUUUGGUCACUGUGCCAGCCAAAGUUACCGUUAUAUUUCUCAGCAUAAUCCUGAUAAACCAGUCGCAGAAGAUGAGAUCGAAGAACCACCAUAUUAUAUCCUGUUCACGACAUACUUCAGUUACCUACUUCUCGUCGUAAUAGGUCAUCUGCGCGACCUCCUCGGAAAACGGUUCGCGAAGUCCUCCUUCAUCGAUUUGAUGAUACAUGAUGGAUACACACCACUUGUUUCUGACUUCCAAUCGUUCUAUGCGCGUCGCCUUGUACAACGCGUGAAUGACUGUUUCUACCAGCCGAUCUCUGGUGUCGCCGGCCGAACCAUUCUGGUCUACGACCGGUAUUCCGAAGACUUUAAUCGUACUCAGAUAUACACAGGAACGACGACAAGAGCUCUCAAUGUCUCUUCCUAUAAUUACCUGGGUUUUGCCCAGGCGCACGGCAGCUAUGCCGAUGCGGUCGAAGAAUCUAUCAAGCGCUACGGUGUCUCGGCGUGCGGAACACGUCUGGAAGGGGGUACGUGCGACCUGCAUCGGACUGCUGAGGCAUUGGUCGCGCGGUUCAUUGGCACGGAGGAUGCGUUGAUUUGUUCCAUGGGAUUCGCAACUAAUUCGACGUUCAUUCCUGCGUUGGUGGGAAAGGGUUGCCUCGUCAUCUCAGACGAACAUAACCACGCUUCCGCCCGAAUAGGCGUGAGGCAAAGCGGUGCAUGCGUGAGGAUGUUCAAGCACAACGAUAUGGGUAGCCUGGAAGAGUUGUUGCGGGAAGUAAUUAGCCAGGGUCAACCCAAGACUCACCGAUCAUGGAAGAAGAUACUCGUGAUCGUUGAGGGCCUGUAUAGUAUGGAAGGCACGAUGGUCAAUCUCCCAAAGAUCAUUGAACUGAAGAAGAAAUACAAGUUCUACCUCUUCGUGGAUGAGGCACACUCGAUAGGUGCGCUGGGACCCCAUGGUCGUGGAGUAGCAGACUAUUUCAAUGUUCCGCCUAGCUCCGUUGACGUCCUUAUGGGAACCUUCACGAAGUCUUUUGGGGCCGCUGGUGGAUACAUUGCAGGACCCAAACGACUCAUUAACAGUCUUCGGAUGCGUGGUCACUCCGGGCCGUACGCUGAAGCAAUGGCACCACCCGUUCUUAUGCAGAUUGUUGCAACCACGACCAGCAUCAUGGGAGUUUCAUCUGUCGAUGACCUUGCGACUUCAAAAAGCACGUCUCAUCAGCCCACGUUCAAGUCAUCCACGAAUAGAGUAGCAAUGUCCGAGGUGGCAGACGAGUAUCUGCAUCCAGGGAUGGUGCCGGCCUCUGCACUUCCCACCUGGUUUUCACUACCUUCGUCCCUGUCUGACGGAUCUGAGGCUCGCGAGCGUAUCCGCCGCUUAGCAUUCAACGCUCGGUAUCUCCGCGCGGGCUUGAAGAAGCUGGGUUUCAUCACAUACGGACAUCCAUCUUCUCCCAUCGUACCUCUGUUGACCUUUAACCCAGGAAAGAUGUUAAUGUUCGCGCAAAUGAUGCGGACGCGGAAACCGACCCCUUUAGCUGUGGUUGUCAUCGCUUAUCCUGUGACGCCUCUCGUGACUAGUCGUGUGAGAUUCUGUGUUAGCGCGUCACAUACGAAGGAGGACAUCGAUGUCGUAUUGAGGGCAUGUGAUGAAGUAGGGGAUAUAUUGGAUCUCAAGCAUGGGAAAGGAAAGAGAUGGCCAAUCGAGGAGAUAGUGAAGAGAAGUGUUGAACUCGUCCAUUCAAUCUGACCCUCUUGCCGGAUGAGUUCGAGAAAUGUUUCAAUUCACCACCAUGUGUUAUUUUUGUUCACAUUCUUACACAAGUGAUAUAUGUAUCAGUGCAGAUAACUGCGCACGUAGUUGAUUUCGGACUUUGGAC